GCUUUCCCAAUGAAGUGGACCACUCCACUUGGAAAGAUAAUUAUUUCAUUUUCUGCAGAACAUUUUUAACCAUUACAUGUGACCACAAAACUCUGUCAAAACCCCAAAUAUUAAAAAACUUAUGUUUAUUGCUCUCUCUCUCUGUUUCUCACUACUCUUACUAGACUCCUCCAUAGCUAAGCUCCACCUACUAGAUUAGCCUCCACGCGCUUUUAUUAUUACUACUGCCACAGUGGCAAAUCCACCUUCUUCCCUCUCAUGGCCACCACAACCAUCAUCAUCUUCAACACCUUUCGCCGCCGUCUCAAUCCCACCUGAUCACUCUUCCUCCUCCGUCGCCGCCGUUGGAAUCAGUACUACUCCAGACUACAUGUUAGGUCUUCGAAACAUCAUUCUCUUAUCUCCACCACCGACGCAGAUAACACGGCCAUCUCUUCCUCCGGUAAACUUCGCGGCGGUGGAAGACAACAACACAGUUGGAGAGAAAGUAUGCAGAGACUGUGGAAACAGAGCAAAGAAAGAGUGUUUGUUCGAAAGAUGUAGAACUUGUUGUAAAAGCAGAGGAUACAACUGUGUCACUCACGUGAAGAGCACGUGGAUUCCUUCUUCUGCAACUCGUUCUUCAUCUUCUCCUUCUGAGAGGAAGAAGAAGCUCAAAAUCGAUAAACAGAGUUCCCCUAAUGUCUCGCUACUUCCGACAACCACUUCUCGUCAAGAGAGAGGCUUCAGAGAGGGGUUACCGGGGAAAAUUGAAGCUCCGGCGGUUUUUAAACGGACGAGAGUAACAGCGAUAAGCAACAACGAGCAAGCAGAGAUUGGUUAUCAAGCAACAGUAACUAUAAGUGGUCAUAUCUUCAAAGGCUUUCUUCAUUACUAUGGUGUUGAUCAUAACAAAGCUUUUCCAUGUCUUUCUCAAAAAUGAUGGAAACUACUUCAUAGGAUUCUGUGUAUAAAGUUUCUCUGUUUUCAUCUCAAAGUUUUUGUCUUUUUUUAACUAAGUGGAUUUUAUAUAUAUUCGACAUUAAGGGACAAAACAUUAAUGGGCCAUUCCAUUCUUAAAGCUUGUCUAUUUUUACUUUUAUAUAUGUAUACAGAGAAAUAGAUGUUUUUGUUAGCAAGUGAGGUUGUUUCCAGGAUCAACGCCAAGUUGACGACAAUAAUCCGUGUAGUAACGAACUCUAGCUUGAACGGUGGCUGUGUUGGCCCCGUCACACUCCAAAGCACCGUUAAUGGCACGGAUUGUUGCACCAAAACCUUGAGAGAUAACAGGCUGAACCCUAUUGGUCCAGUACCACAAGGCGGUUUUGAAGGAUAUGACUGGAUCCGUGGCUACUGUUUCCGGUGCAUUCAGGCCGUCGAAACCAAUUGCUGUCCCGGCUGGCCCGUAGUUGAAAUUCCAAGAGAGUUGGAUCGGUCCGCGGCCGUAGUAGCCUUUGUUAGGAUUGCAUGGAUAUUGUGUUGCAUUCUCGUCGCAGUAAUCCUUUGAGGCUCCGUCUAUCUCUUCUAUGUAGCAGAAAUCU